AUGAUGCCUGGGACAACCGAGAAGGCAGACCUGCGUGGAGGCAGCGUGUGGCUCCCGGCUCCCGGGCGGGCAAGAGGUGUCUGGGUCCCAGCUCGCGGCCCCACCUCGGCCACCGCGGCCGGCGGCAGCUUCUCCCUCCUCGACUCGGACCCGCUGCCCCCAGAAGACUCGGCCACGGCGUUGGGCCACGUGUACGAGGCAGGUGCCCGCAUCUCCGGGCCCGGCUCCUGGUCACCCGGCCGCUCCCACUGCACAGGCCCCGCGCGCCCUCCGCGGAGCCGGCCUCCUCAUCCCGCCCACCGCACCUCGGUGGGACCCUCGGGGCCGGAGGGGCUCGGCCUCCGGCUUGGGACUCCACCCCCACGGUCCUUCCCUCCAGGCAAGGAGGGUGAGAAGAAGCCCGAGACGCCCCCACACACCUGUCUGGAGGCCGGCGGGGUGACAGUUACAAAGGGAGGGGGUGGGAGGGUGAUCCUCACCACAAGAAAGCUGGCCAAGCGGGACGGGGGCAGGGCCACCGUGGGGGAAAACAGCAGAAAACGGAAGCCCUGCCACAAACUCCUGCCCCCUCGGGGCCGUGGGCCCCCGCCUCACUCUCCCCUGCAGCUCGGCCCAGGCGAGAGCCCUCGCGCGCCUUCCCUUGUGCAGGAGGAAAGGAGAGGGGUCACCCCCUGUCCCAGUGUCCCUGGUGCCCGGGUGCUCACGUGCUCACAGGCCACAGCGGCAACCCGAGGGUGCCCUCGGCGCCGGGAGGUGCGGGAGCGCCCGCGGGCCGGAGUGGGGGGCAGAGCGUCUGGGUGGAGCAGGUCCCUGUCGGGUCUGGGCCUCGCCCAGGGCAACACCCCAGGUGGCGUCACCGCUGAUGGAGCGGCCAGGCGGCGAGGUGGCUCCUGGCGCCGGGACGCCGCAGCGACGGGGGACAGAAUCAACGAGGAGAAGCCCAGAGCUGCCGUGAGCGCGACGCGGCCCCGUGGGGCAAGAUGCCCGCGGGAAACGGGAACAGAGAAAAAGAUGAAGCAGGUCAGACAGCCCCCGCCUGCCCAGCCAGGCCGAGUCCCCACUCCCCCGUCCAGCCCACCACCGCCCGAGUGUCCGGCCGGCCUCACGGGGGACAGCUCGCCGGGCACCCCGCCCUUCCUGCAGCUCUGCACCGGCCACGCGUCAGCCCCUAAUAGCGCCCCGCUGGCGCACGUCACCGGGGCCGCCGGGGCCGCCGCACCGAGGGCACCCCCGCCCCAGGAGGGCAGCUCUGCCGACUUCAUUAAUCUAACGCUGGCUCGAGUGUCAAAGGACCAGAAGCUGAAAUUUCAUCUGGUGACGACCAGCCCCCCCCCCGCCCCCCCCGCCACCGCCGUCCCUGGAUCCCUGCUGGUGUCCAGCCACUGCGGCCACAGGAUCGUGUGGCCUGCGCCUGCGGGCACAUGUGCAGGGGGAGAGGCAGGGGGCCCCGCAGAGCUGAUGUGCCGCCUGCACGCCCCGGGCCCCGCGCGGCCCCCCGUGACAGCCCCGCUCCUUUAUGGCUUUUGCCUAAUGAGGACCCUGCCUCUGCCCGCAGCGCCCUCCCUAAUGGGCCGACAGGCCACAUCCCAGGCCACGUCCCCGAGACACGACAGCCCCCACCCCCGGGGCCCCUCCACCCGGCCUCCGUCAGAGGCGCCCCCACCGGAUCCCCUGGGCCGCGCAGGGGAAGCUGGGUUUACCUGGCCUCGGAGCAAGAGGCCCGGGGAGAGGCCCUCGCCCAGAGCAAGAGCAGGUCGGGCCCGCUGCUCAGCACAGGUGGCCGGGCCAGACCCGGGGAGCCCGCGGAAAGGGGCUGGAUGUGCAGAAAGGGUCCGCCUGCAGCAAGUCGGCGACAGCCUGCGGGGACACCCACCGGAGCCCAGCGGCAGGGGGCCCCCAGAGCCCGCUUCCACAGAAGCCCGCGGGAAGAGGGGUGGCGAGGAAGGGGCCCAGGCAGGCGGCCCGAGCCCCACCUCCCACAAACUCGGGUUCUCCGUUCGGAGGCUGCCCGGACCCUGA